GAGGUUGCACUGCACAGAGCAAGUUUGGCUGUCUUGGAAAAGCUCACCUUGCCCAAUGGAAGAAGUUCUUAGUUUUAGCAACCUGAUGGCCCUCAGAAAGCCCUUGGAAGGUUCAAAAUGGCUAAUGCGCUCCAGGACACACGUACACCCGAAGCUUCUUAUUCUGAAAGUGUUGAUGCUGAGCUGUCCUUUCUGCCUGAAAGACUGAGAAAGAAACUGCUUCCUUUUCAGGAGAAAGGCAUCAUAUUUGCACUUCAGAGGAGUGGCAGGUGUAUGAUUGCUGAUGAGAUGGGACUAGGUAAAACAAUUCAAGCAAUUGCUAUUUCCUACUACUACAGGAAGGAAUGGCCUCUCUUAAUAGUAGUGCCUUCAUCUUUGAGAUAUCCUUGGGUUGAUGAGAUGGAAAAGUGGAUUCCAGAACUAUCUCCAGAUGAUAUUAUUAUCAUUCAAAACAAAACUGAUAUUGGGAGAAUAUCAAGCAGCAAAGUGACGAUUCUGGGAUAUGGCCUGUUAACUUCUGAUGCCCAGACUUUAGUAGACACUCUGUAUAGGCAGAACUUCAAGGUAGUUGUGGUUGAUGAAUCACACUAUAUGAAAUCCAGAAAUGCUAAACGCAGCAAGAUUUUAUUGCCCAUUGUACAGAAAGCCAGUAGAGCAAUUCUUCUUACCGGAACUCCUGCGCUCGGUAGACCCGAGGAGCUUUUCAUGCAGAUUGAGGCACUUUUUCCAGGAAGAUUUGGAACUUGGAGUGAAUAUGCCAAAAAAUACUGUGAUGCUCGUUUGAGAUUCUUUGGUAAAAGAAAACAAUGGGACUGUAGAGGAGCUUCAAAUUUAGAAGAACUACAUCAACUUUUAAGAAAAAUAAUGAUCAGAAGACUGAAGAAUGAUGUUCUAACACAAUUACCUCCCAAAGUUAGACAGCGUAUUCCAUUUGAUCUCCCACAAGCCGCAGCUAAGAAUUUGAAUACCACUUUUGCAGAGUGGGAGAAAUUAAUGAGGAAGUUGAAUUCAGAGCCCACUGACAGCCAUUUUGUUGAUGUCAUGAAUCUAAUCACGCGUAUGUAUAAAGAAACUGCAAUAGCCAAGGCAGGAGCAGUGAAGGACUAUAUCAGAAUGAUGCUUGAAAAUGACAAACUGAAGUUCCUAGUUUUUGCUCACCACUUAAGCAUGCUUCAAGCUUGUGCAGAGGCAGUUAUAGAAAAUAAGGUUCGCUACAUACGGAUAGAUGGAAGUGUUCCUUCUGCAGAAAGAAUACAUCUUGUUAAUCAGUUUCAGAAGGAUCCUGAUACCCGGGUUGCUAUUUUGAGUAUUCAGGCAGCUGGUCAGGGUUUGACUUUCACUGCUGCUACUCACGUUGUGUUUGCUGAAUUAUAUUGGGAUCCAGGCCAUAUUAAGCAAGCAGAAGACAGAGCACACCGCAUUGGGCAGUGCAGUUCUGUGAACAUUCACUUCCUUAUAGCAAAAGGAACGUUGGAUCCUUUUAUGUGGGCAAUGCUGAAUCGCAAGGCCAGCGUUACAGGCAGCACCUUGAAUGGCAAAAAAGAGAGAAUGCAGGCUGAAGUAGGUGAUAAGGAGAAAUGGGAUUUUUUGAGUUUUGCUGAAGCUUGGACCCCUAACGACAGUGCAGAAGAUCUCCAAAAUGAACUUCUGUUUACACAUUUUGAGCAGGAAAGACAGCAUGACAUACGUUCCUUCUUUACCCCAAAAUCUGCCUCUACAAAGAAACGCAAAAUGUUAUCAGAUAGUGAAUCAUUAAAGGUUGAUGCAGAGUCUUUUGAAGCCGUGAAAGAAGAGGAUUCAGAGAAGAGCAGCGAAGAUCUGGAUUUCACAAGAAUAAGUGAUGUGGAUACAACUUGUCAUGAAAGUGCCUGUCCUCAUGAAGCUAAAAGAGCAAGAAGCAUAAGUGGAUCUACGCCAGUCAGCUCCAGGAAGAAAAAGACAUUGACUGGAAAAAUGUCCGCUUUCUUCACACAGAAGAACAGUGAAGUCCUUCCUUGCAGCUCAAGUGCUUCAAGCAAAGGCGCAGCUUUAAACAAAGUUUGGCACUGUAGUGUUUGCACUUACAGUAAUAAUGAAUUGCUUCCUUACUGUGAAAUGUGUAAUUGCCCUCAGAGCAAUAAAGGUGAGAGAAACUGUGAAGUUCCUACUAGCCAGACUGAAAAAGACGUGUUGAAAGACUCCAGAAGUGAUGAACAGAGAGCAGCAUGGGAUGCUGAAGAUGGAAGAGAAGAUUUGGAGGAAUUGAUGACCAAGCAGUCUGAAAUUAGUGAACAAGAAGCUGUCAAAAUCAAAAGUGAAGAAAAUGAAAGAAGGUGUGGAAAAGAUCAAUCAGAUGCAUUUCUAGUAUAUGAUGGGCUAAUGUUCUGUGCAAGCAGGAAUACUGAUAGAAUUCACCUCUAUACAAAGGAUGGUGAACCACUGAAUCUGAAUUUCAUUCCAUUGGACAUACAGCUGGACAACUGGGAGGAUUUACCAGAGAAUUUCCAACACAAACGAAAUCGUUCAAUGAUACUGAGGUUUGUGAAAGAAUGGAGUCAUCUAACAGCAAUGAAACAGAAAAUUGUCAGAAAAAGUGGUCAGCUGUUUUGUAGUCCUAUUCAGGCUGCAGAGGAGAUGUGUAAAAAGCAGUUGGCAGCAAGCAGCACAAAAAGGUAUGUGACCAAGGAGGAUGUAGCAGCAGCCUCACUUAGCAGAGCAAGCAGCAGUGGGGGCAGCGUGCGCCUCAUCACUAAAGAAAGUAGAGCUUGUCUGAGGAAUGAAAAAGCUUCUAUGGCACAACCAGGUCAUUCCACAAAGUUGUUUUUGGAGGGUGGAAAAAGUCCUUCUGUUCUUCCCUCCAAUUGGACUGAAGUUCAAAACUCCUCCCUACCCAAAGGCUAUUUGCAAGCCCUGGAUGGUGAAGGAAACCCGCUUUGUCUCCACUGUCAGCAGCCAACAGCUCAGCUUGACCAAAGCUGCCAGGCCCCUGCCUGGGACACACGGUUCUGCACUCUUUCCUGCCAGGAGGAAUUUUCAAUUCGUUCUAGUCAAGGCUACCUCAGGACUAAGGUGUUUGAAAUUGAGCAUGGUGUUUGCCAGUUUUGUCAUCAGAAUGCCCAAGAGCUCUAUCUUAACAUCAGAGAUGCACCUAAGACUCAGCGUAAGAAGCUUCUGGAGAGCUCGUGGAUGUCUCAUCUUCCAGUUGGGCAGUUGAAUGAAAUUAUAACAAACCCAACAGAAGGUCAGUUCUGGCAGGUGGAUCACAUCAGGCCUGUUUACAGCGGAGGAGGACAGUGCUCCCUGGGGAACCUUCAGACUCUGUGUACGGUCUGCCACAGAGAGAGAACUGCAAAACAGGCCAAGGAAAGAAGUCAGAGGAAGAGACACUCUUUAACUACAAAGUAUGGUUGUGAUAUCACACAGUUUUUUGUGAAGAAGUAAAAUAAGUAUAAUCAGUUACAUUAUAACUAUAGUUGCAUAGUUUUCCUCAUGCACUUUAAAAAACAGUCUUUUAUACUGGUAAAGAAAACAAGAAAUCAUUCAAAAUACUGAUUUAUUUUUUCCCAGAGGGCCUUGGAUGAAUGCAUGGAAGGAACUCAAUCAUGAUUACAUUUUUAUGGCCCUGCAGUUUAAAGCUGAAUUUCUAUGUAUAACCUUAGUGCAGUUUUGAAGUACUGCAAUUUUCAUAUUAGUUCAUUUACAACUGCAAGAAUUGGAGGAAGUGCUGCUGAAAUUCAUGUUAAUCUUGCAAUGCUCAGUUGUAGUGGGUUAUUAAGGACUAAGAAGCUUAGUUAUAAUUGUUCCCUUCGUUCACUCAGUCAAAGGUACUGGAGAAAAUACAGGCUCUGCUCUCCUGACCACAACAAGGCAGGUGAUGUGUUUCUUCUAAAACUGUCUUAUAACUACAUGUAAAAGUUAGCAGUAGCCUGGGAAAGGGCUAUGAAAGGCCUGAUAGCUUCAUUUGAGUUGGUGUAAAAGAUCAGGGCACUUUCAGUUCAUGUUUAUUGAAAUAUCUGUUUAAAACAGCUAGCAUUUAAGGUUUGUUCAUGAGAAAUAAUAUCCAUUUUUCCUUGUCUCAUCCAAGGUAAUUCCUGGGAAAUGCUAGAGCCAUAUUCUCUUUACCUAAAUUGCAGAGCUAAUGGUUAUUUUGCACUGUUUAAGUAGCUUUCUUUACAGUUACUUCAAAUAAAUCAGCAUCAUCUUA